GUGUUGUGAAAAGUGUUUCGCUUCAGCAGUAUGGCGUCGAGAUUUGCUGCUUAUUCGGUGGAUAAGACUCCUGCAACAUACGAUGAGUAUAGCUUCACUCUACCGGAGCUCUACCGUCAGAUCGCGAAGGAUGAGCUCCGUGAAGACGAUGCUGUUCGUGAGCGGACCCUGACCGAGAUGCGUCAAUGGAUCGUGAACAAUCCGCACAUCCGCAAGUGUCGUACGGAUGCCAAAUUUCUGCUGCGAUUCCUUCGUCUUCGUCAGUUUUCGGUGCCGAUGGCAUGCGAAGCGCUCGAACGUUAUCUCGCCAUGCGGGAACUGUAUCCGGGUUGGUACAAGAAUCUGGACUGCAACGAUCCAACCAUAAAGGAAAUCUUCAACAACGGACCCAUAAUGUACCUCGGACAGGACAGUUUGGGACGAGCGGUGGUGCUGAUUCGUUUUGGUUGCUUCGAGGACCAGAAAUUCCAACCUGAACAGGACGGUCGCUGUGUAGCGCUGAUCAUGGAGGCGAUGCUGGAGUAUGAAGAACUUCAGAUCGGAGGAUAUCAAGUACUGAUCGAUUACAGUAACUCAACGAAGGCCAAUUAUGAUAGGUGGAGCGCUACGGAUCUGAAGAUCAUAAUGGAUGCCUUCAGCCGAUCAUAUCCGAACCGAUACGGAGAGAUUCAUGCUACAAUGCUGCCCAAGUUUGGUGUCCCCAUGAUCAACACGUUCCUGUCGUUUGCGAACCCGAAAAUGCGAGAGAAAAUCAAUUGCCACUCAACAAUCGGAGAACUGGAAAAGCAAUUCGAAACGACACAGAAACCGACCGAGUACGGUGGAACCGUCGAUUUGAAUGAGAUGAAUCGUGCCCUUUGGAAGCGCAUCGAGGAACAGCGGGACGUUAUUCUGGGUCUGGACGAAAUGGAAAUUGAUGUCGAUUACUAUGCGUCGCUGUGGGACCAGGACGAACCAUCCUCGGAGUUUGCUGGAGAAGUGUUCAAGCAGCUGGAAUGAAAUGCCAUCCGGACAAUGAUGUGACGCAUUUCGUGAUGAAACAUUAAAUAAAAUGUAGAAAAGCAU